CCACAUGAUAGUUGGGAAACAUCCUUAGUAGCCAAAUCUAAUGAGCUCAUUUGGACUCUACUUUAUGCUAUUCAGCCCAACUCAAAAUAUUAAGACAAAACGAAAACCAUUUUAACGCUGAAUACAGAUCGCCUACAUUUUGCCUAUCCCGCGUUAUUCUCAUUUCUCCAUCAAUAUAGUCUCAGUCAUGCUUGGUGCUAGACUUUUUGGGAGAACGUUAUUGGCUGCGGCGAAAUCGGAGAGUUCAACUGCUGCUACAACUAAGGUUACUAAUCCACUUGAGCAGUUCUUUGAACUUGAUAGAACAGCAGAUGACGAUAAGCCUGUUGUUUAUGGUCGAGGUUGGAAAGCUUCUGAACUACGUCUGAAGUCUUGGGAUGAUCUUCAAAAGUUAUGGUACGUUCUUCUAAAGGAGAAGAACAUGUUAAUGACUCAAAGACAGAUGCUUAAUGCUCAGAACUUGAGGUUUCCUAAUCCUGAGCGUAUUUCCAAGGUUAGGAAGUCAAUGUGCCGAAUCAAGCACGUGCUGACUGAGAGAGCAAUCGAAGAACCAGAUCCAAGGAGGUCUACUGAGAUGAAGAGGAUGAUAAAUGCUUUAUGAUCUUCUUAACUCUCUUGAUGUUAGUGGUCGUUAACUUUUUCAAACGUUUGUCCUUAAUAUGGUACUUGACCUUUCUUUUUUGUUAGCAACUACAUGCAGGAAGGUCACUAGUUUGCCAUUUUCCCCCAUGAAUAAAUAAAGUUCAAUCAGUUUGCAGAAUUGUCCUCUUAAACUUUGGCUACUCGGGAGCCCUCUCUCUAUGUAUCUCUGUGCAUGCUAUUGAAAUACUACUACACUUUACAGUUGUUAGAGACAA